GACAACGUAGUCAUCAACAAGUCUUUGAAACUCACUCCCAUUGAAGCAAGCACUAGCAGAGCCAGCAAGAGGCAAGCUUUGGAAUUUUCUUGGGGCUUCUUCUUGAUUAUUCUUCAAUUUCAAAACCCAUCAAGGGAUUAGCGGUUCCUCGUUAGCAUGGCUACUUCUGUUGCUCACAUGCUUUUGGUGGUUCUUGUAUUCAAAUCUAUUUCUGUUUCUCCUUUUCUUCUUUGCUUGUCCUGCUUUGCUUUGCUUAUGGGAUCUGCACUGCAGAAUGUUGUUAAUUUUGCUAAAUGUUGUGCUUUGAACUUGUGCUUUCUUCCUCAUUCAGUAGACUUCACUGGCUUCUUCAAACUUGUCCCAUGUGUUGUAAAACGUGAGAUUUUUAACUGAAUGAGCCUGCAGACGUUUUUUAAAUCAAAUUUGUCUGUGACUCUUAUAGUUAUAGUUAGUUACUAUUAACAAUCAUAUCACCUUUGGUUAUUUCCAAAUUUCUAAGAUUCUUCUUGUUGCUCUUAUUGUUACAUGGGAUUUAUGUUGGAAGAAGAAGGGUCGUCUUCUGUAACUUGUUCACCGCUGCAGCUCUUCUCCAUGAUGUCACUUUCACCUAGUUUAGGAUCUCCCCAUCUCUUGCUUAGAGAAAUGAAAUCUGAGCAAAGGGGUUUGUACUUGAUCCAUUUGUUGCUCACUUGUGCAAAUCAUGUAGCUGCUGGUAACCUUGAAAAUGCAAAUACCACACUUGAGCAAAUUUCCCUGCUUGCUUCUCCUGAUGGUGAUACUAUGCAGCGGAUCACAGCAUAUUUUACCGAAGCACUCGCUGAUCGGAUACUUAAAACAUGGCCUGGGAUCCACAGAGCCCUCAACUCAACCAGAAUGAGUAUGCUUUCAGAAGAGUUUCUUGUUCAGAAGCUCUUCUUUGAGCUUUUCCCUUUCUUGAAGGUAGCAUUUGUUCUCACAAACCAGGCUAUUGUUGAAGCAAUGGAAGGGGAGAAAAUUAUUCAUAUAAUUGAUCUAAAUGCUGCUGAACCUGCUCAAUGGAUUGCUCUCCUCCAAGUUUUGGGUGCACGUCCCGAAGGCCCUCCUCAUUUGAGAAUCACUGGUGUUCAUCAGAAAAAGGAGAUUUUGGACCAGGUAGCUCAUAGAUUGACUGAAGAAGCAGAAAAGUUGGAUAUACCAUUCCAAUUCAAUCCUGUAGUCAGCCAAUUAGAAAAUCUUGAUUUUGACAAACUUCGCGUGAAAACUGGGGAGGCACUAGCAAUAAGUUCUAUUCUCCAAUUACAUACCCUUUUAGCCUGGGAUGAUGAAGCAAUGCAGAGAAAAUCCCCUCUUUUCUUAAAAAGCUCGAACGGAAUUCACCUGCAAAGAGUCCUGCCAGUGAGCCAAAGCACAUUGGGUGAUUUUCUUGAGAAAGAUAUGGUUAAUGGUUAUACCCCAAGUCCUGAUUCGACCUCAUCGUCACCGGCAUCUUUAACUGCUUCCAAUUCAAUGAAUAUGGAGAGCUUUCUCAAUGCCUUAUGGGGAUUAUCACCAAAGGUCAUGGUUGUAACAGAGCAAGACUCUAACCAUAAUGGUCCAACUCUGAUGGACAGGCUACUGGAAGCUCUAUAUUCUUAUGCAGCAUUAUUUGAUUGCUUGGAAUCCACUGUCUCAAGAUCAUCAUUGGAGAGAUUAAGGGUGGAGAAGAUGCUUUUUGGUGAGGAAAUAAAGAACAUUAUCGCAUGUGAGGGAUCUGAACGAAGGGAAAGACAUGAGAAGCUGGAUAAGUGGUUCCAAAGAUUUGAUCUAGCCGGGUUCGGUAACGUGCCCUUGAGCUACUUUGGCAUGUUGCAAGCAAGGAGGUUCCUUCAAAGCUAUGGUUGUGAAGGAUAUAAAAUGAGGGAUGAAAAUGGGUGUGUAUUAAUUUGCUGGCAGGAUAGGCCCAUGUUUUCUAUAUCAGCUUGGAGAUCUAGGAAGUAAGACACAAUCAAAGGGAAAGAAAGCAUUGAUGGUUUUUUUUUUCUUUCUUUCUUUUCUUUGUAUGAGAAUGUCUUUUUCAAAUGGGAAUGACGAUUCAUCGAGAUCGGUUUUUAGAUAUACUCUUAUUGCCUAGUAAAACCCCAUCAUCAAGAAAGAAUAUUGGGAAGAAAAAUAGGCAAGAAGAACAGAAGAAAUAGAAUAUUUAAUCCGGGUUCUAUUUACAGUUUCAUUUUUCACCUAUGAUCAUUUUAAUUUUUGUGAUCACCUGUACCCGAACUUGUAUCUAGUAUAUUUAUAUAUAUAAUAUGUUUUUGUUUAUUUACUUAUUUAGUGCAAGUUGAUUUUCAAAUUCCUAGGACAUGUCACGUGUCGAUUAUCUUUCAGCGAAUGUAGCAACUUGGCUUUUAGUGGACUUGGAUGAGCCUGAAAAAGCAUUGCCACAUAGGGGUGCUCAAGAAAUUUAGUGGUUCAUUCCUAAUAUGUACCAUAGAAUUUGUGUAUGCUUAUGCUGCUUUGGUCAUAGUGACGAUUGGCAAAUGUCAUGCUUGAAAAAAGCUUAGUAAA